ACAUUCUUACAAUGACAAUAACGAAUGACACUUACUUACUAAACAUCUUUUUGUUUUCUGGCAUUGUUUCUCACAAUUCAGUGUUUCUUUACCAUACAGGGUAAAGGAACGUAAUCCUACAUUAGAGGAUUCAUAUCACAUUAGGAAGGCAGUGAGAAAGCGUGUGUGUGUGUGUGUGUGUGAAUGUGUGUGUGUGUGUGUGUGUGUGUGUGUGUCUGUGUGGUUGUGUGUGUCUGUGUGUCACGUUGUUGAGAUCAGGUGUUGUAGCCCAGCUGCCUAAAAAUAUCAUCUUAAACACAGAGCCUGAGAGAGCAGUUACCAUUCCAGAUCUGUCUAAGGGUCUGUGUUGAUACACACACACAGUUCACACAUGUCCACUGAGAAAAGGUUGAGGUGCUGGUCUGCAAAACUGCUCAGGAACGGAUUUAAAGCUUUAAACAGUUACAAGAAAGAGAGGUGAGCUAUGUCCUCCUGUGUGGUGAAGUCCAGAAGCAGGAACCCGUACACAGCGGUGCGGGUGGACCCAGACAGUGAUUACAUCACUCCGGGGACAUUAGACCUGGAGCAGCUGUUCUGGACCGGCACCGGGGCCCAGUAUGCACAUGUCAACCAGGUCUGGCCCAGUGUCUACAUCGGGGAUGAGAAAACAGCUCUGGAGCGACCAGGCCUGAGGGAUCUGGGUAUCACACAUGUCCUUAAUGCAGCAGAGGGAAAGUGGAAUAACGUGCUUACUGGUGCUGAAUACUACAGUGACAUGGACAUCCAGUACUAUGGUGUAGAGGCUGAUGAUAAACCCACCUUCAACAUCUCCCAGUACUUCUGCCCCGCAGCCCAGUUCAUCCAUGAGGCCCUCAGUCACCCACAGAACAAGGUGCUGGUGCACUGUGUGAUGGGUCGGAGCAGAUCAGCGACUCUGGUCUUGGCAUACCUGAUGAUGAAACACAGCUUAACUGUCGUGGAGGCUAUUGAGCAUGUGCGACAGCACCGUUGCAUCCUGCCCAAUCACGGCUUCCUAAAACAGCUCAGAGCGCUGGACAUCACAAUACAAGAGGAGAGGCUGAGACAAAAGAGAGAGACGACCUAUAGUACACAAUAGAUGCCUGUGUUUACUACUUCAGUUUUUCUUCUGAAUUUAUCUGAUACAAAAAUGUUCUUUGUUUCUUUAACUAUUAUCAUUGUAUUGUCAUUAAAAU